AUGGCAGCUGAUCUAGAUAUGACAUACCUGCUCCCCUUCAGGUACUGGAGGAGGACUCUGGGCCUGCAGGUGCGCUACGCAGACUGCGGCGGCUAUCGCUUCUGUUACGCCUACAGAGGAAAGCCCGGGAUGAGACCUUCCAUUUUAAUGCUGCACGGCUUCUCUGCUCACAAAGACACAUGGCUCACUGUCGUCAAGUAUCUACCAAAACAUCUGCACAUUGUCUGUGUGGACAUGCCCGGCCAUGAGGGCACAACACGCACCAACACAGAGGAUUAUUCCAUUCAGGGGCAGGUCAGAAGGAUCCAUCAGUUUGUGGAAACCAUUCGCUUGAACAGGAAACCUUUUCAUCUGGUUGGAACCUCCAUGGGGGGAAAUGUAGCCGGAGUUUACGCAGCCUGCCACCCUUCAGAGAUCUGUAGUAUGACUCUCAUAUGUCCAGACGGUAUCAGACACCCAUGUGAGACCAAAUUUGACAAUCAUCUACAGGACCUGGAGCACAGCAAUUACACUUUAAACAUCCCACUGAUCCCUACAACACCUGAAGAAAUGGAGGACAUGUUCAGACUUUGUUCUCAUGUUCGCUUUAAAAUCCCCCAACAGAUUCUACAAGGAUUGGUAGAUGUGCGGCAGCCUCACAACACAUUUUACCAAGAAGUAUUUAUGGAGAUUGUUGGUGAGAAAUCAAGAUAUGCCCUACACGAGCACUUACAUCUGAUCACUGCACCUUUACAAGUGAUAUGGGGCAAACAGGACCAGGUGGUGGAUGUCUCUGGAGCUGCAGUCAUUGCAGAAGUGUUACCUGGUUGCAGGGUGGACCUGCUGGAUAACUGUGGCCACUCUGUGGUGAUGGAGAGGCCCUGUCGGACAGCCAAACUCAUCCUGGAGUUCAUCAUCCUGCAGCAAGAUGCAAGGGGUGGCACCAAGAAAUCAUCCUGAAACACAAAGACUAUUAAUCAUUUCUUUCACCACUGCAAUGCUUCACAUGACCCCCCACCUCCUGUACGUGACAUGCAUGCAUGUAUCCAAACUUAAAAAAAAAAUACCAGUAAAAAAACAGCAGACAAAUUCGCAUUUAAACUUGUAAUGUUGAAAUCGU